AACAGGGCAUCGGGACCAAGCCACGACUGUUCACCCUGACGAUGACUUCUUCCCCAGGCUGACGAGCCAUGGAUGCUGAGAGAGACUCCCGGAGCCAGCCAUGCACCUGGCGCCUCCUGGCCCUGGUCCCCAUCCUCCUUGGCCUGGUGGCCUCCCUAGAAUGGAAGACUGUCUACAGCCAGGACCCCUUUGAGAAGUGUAUGCAGGAUCCUGAUUAUGAACAGCUGCUCAAGGUUGUGACCUUGGGCCUCAACCGGACAUUACAUCCCCAGAGGGUGAUUGUGGUUGGUGCUGGUGUGGCUGGGCUGGUGGCCGCCAAGGUGCUUAGCGAUGCCGGACACAAGGUCACCAUCCUAGAGGCAGACAACAGGAUUGGGGGCCGCGUCCUCACCUACCGGGAUGAGAAGACAGGCUGGAUUGGGGAGCUGGGGGCCAUGCGCAUGCCCUCCUCGCACAAGAUCCUGCAUGAGCUCUGCAAGAGCCUGGGGCUCAACCUGACCGAAUUCAUCCAGUACGACGAGAACGCGUGGACCCAAGUGGGCGACGUGAAGCUGCGGAACUACGUGGUGGAGAAGAUGCCGGAGAAGCUGGGCUACGAUCUGUACCCCGAGGAGAGGGGCCACGCGCCUGAGGACAUCUACCAGAUGGCUCUCAACAAGGCCCUCAGCGACCUCAAGACAUUGGGCUGCAGAAAGGCGAUAAGGAAGUUUGAGAAGCAGACGCUCCUGGAAUACCUCCUGAAGGAGGGGAACCUGAGCCAGGCUGCCAUGCAUCUCCUGGGAGACGUGAUGUCCAAGGAAGGCUUCUUCUAUCUCAGCUUCGCAGAGGCUCUGCGAGCCCACAGUGGCCUCAGUGAUCGACAACGGCACAGCCGCAUCGUGGGCGGCUGGGACCUGCUGCCGCGCGCGCUGCUGAGCUCGCUGUCGGUGCCCGUGCUGCUGCACACUCCUGUCGGGGCGAUAACCCAGGAGCCGGAGGCGGAGGUGCGCGUGCACAUAGGGAGCGCGCACCGGGCCCGGAAUCAGAAGACCAUGGACGCCGACGUGGUGCUGCUGACCGCGAGCGGCCCGGCGCUGCAGCGCAUGAAAUUCUCACCGCCGCUGACGCGCCCGUUGCAGGAGGCGCUGAAGGAGCUGCACUACGUGCAGGCCACCAAGGUGUACCUGAGCUUCCGCCGGGCCUUCUGGCACGAGGAGCACAUCCUGGGGGGCCACUCGAACACCGACCGCCCGUCGCGCGAGAUAUUCUACCCGCCCCCGGGCGAGGGUGCGCUGCUGCUGGCCUCCUACACGUGGUCGGACGCGUCGGCCACAUUCGCUGGCCUAAGCUUAGAUGACACGCUGCGCUUGGCGCUGGACGACGUGGCGGCACUGCACGGGCCGGUAGUGUACCGGCUCUGGGACGGCACCGGCGCUGUCAAACGCUGGGCGGAGGAUCCGCACAGCCAGGGCGGCUUCGUGCUGCAGCCGCCCACGCUUUGGCAAAAGGACGGCGGCGAGUUCGACUGGACGGUCCCCCAGGGUCGCAUCUACUUCGCUGGGGAGCACACCGCGUACCCGCAUGGCUGGGUGGAGACGGCCGUCAAGUCGGCGCUGCGUGCCGCGAUGUCGAUCAACAGCCGGGGCCAGGGCCCGAUCAGCAGCCAGGAGAAGGCUCUGCACAUGGAGGAGCCCGGGCCCAUGGUGUCGACACCUGCGUCCACACCUGCGUCGACAUCUGCGGACUGCCAGCCCCCGUGCAAAUCUGAAAAGGGCGGGUCCACCCACCCUUCAACCCUGUCUAUGCUAACCACUCCUAACGUGACCAGCCAGACGACCACUUAG